CUUAGUGGGACUUGCUUGUCACCUCCCUGGGGGACAAGAGAGUGGAAGGAGGGAGCUAUCAUGAGGGAGCCAGCUCAACUUUGAGGGCAAGGGGACGAAGGCUGGACACCGUUGGGACAGAGGAACUGCUUCAGAGCUGUAGAUUUCCCUACAAUUGAGUAAUCGCCUAAGGAUCCAGUGGUCAUCUUUCCCUGAGACCCUGAAGAACCGUGGGAUUUGAAUUUGAGGAGUGAAAAGCUGAGGCCAGGUCUUUCAAAAUGCAACGCUGGUAGCUGCUAAUGCAAUAUGAUCCUCUUGAGCUCAUUCUAAAAAUAACAUCCAGCCGGAAUACAUGUGCAGGCUCUAUUUGCCUAAUUGGCCACAGAUUAUGUAUUUUGUUUUCGCUUCUCUAAUUGGAUGUGUAAAACAUAUUCCAAAACUUUUAUGGUGGAGAAUAGGGGGAGAAUCUGGGGAGAAAUUAGUAUAUAUUUUGAUGACUUUGACAUGCCGGAAAGCCUUUCAAAAGGUAUUAUAUAUGCAGGUAGGCAAUUUUCUCUAGAGAUUUUCUAAAGCUCGACACUUUUCUAAGAAGUCAGUAUUGCAGUCAACAGGUGGUCAUAGCUGAAAUCUGGAAUCUAGUCUUGCAUUUGAGGUCAUUUGCUGGAAUGUUUGGAAUAUGUUUACCGCAUCAAAACACUAAAUUACAAAAAGCUGUUUUAUUUGUUACCAUUUUAUUUGGAUGAUUUAUUGUGCAUUAAAGAGAACCAGUUAAAGCUUAAAUCAGUUCAGCAAAGUGCAGUAGAUUUUGAAGAAGUUCUUCACUGAAUCAUGAGGAAGGCCGAGGUCCAGAUGACCCUCAAGAAGGGUGCUGAUGAAGGGGCAGGAGGAAUAGCAACUCCAAGCCCUAGGAUACCUUCAAAACGAGCAAAAGUUAGUUCUGAACAGGUCGUACCAGACCCUGCUAGUUCCGUCUACCCAACCCCAACACCUCCUGUAUUCAUUCGGAAGAUGAGGAAUGCAGCUGUUGGUACUGGCUGUGAUAUCCGUCUGAAAGUGGCCGUGGCUGGAGACCCACAGCCUUCACUGUACUGGUAUCACAAUGAUGACCUACUCACCAUGGAAAACCAGGAAUAUGGAGGCCUGUGGAUCAGGGACUGCAAGCCCAGUGAUGCUGGCCUCUAUACCUGUAUCGCCACUAGCCAUCUUGGAGAGGCCAGAAGCAGUGCUGUUCUAGCCGUUUUGGAUUUGGGCGAAGACUCUGAGACUACAGAAGACGAAGCUGCUGAGCCACAAAUAUCCCUGGAAGCUAAAGACAGAACCAGAGGUUUUCAGGAUGAGUCCCAAGGAGUGCCUGCAGGUGAGAGAAUGAUGGAUGUCGCCCCAGAUGCAAGCCAUCACUGGACUGCCAGCGAGACUACAGUGUUAGAGAAAGAAGCAUUAGCCCUGGGAUCGAGAGCUCCAGGGCAGCAGUCAUCCAGGAGCCCAUCUGAAGAAGUUUUGAGGGAAUCACCCCCUCAAGUCCUACCACCCCCAUCCCCCAAAAUUGGCCGUUCUACUGCCUCUCCUUUGCUCAGCCGCUCUGGUUCAGCCCCUGCCACACCCCUAGCCCCGCGCAAGAAAGUUGUCGUGCCAACUGAAUAUCAAGACACAGUACCAGGAGAGUUUGAGGAGAAGAUUAAGAAAACCAAGUCCUCUGGCAUGUCUCAGAGUAGUGCUCAAGACUCUCGACCCCAGACCCCGGUCAGUGAGUAUUCCCGUAAAGAUCUUACACCUCGACCCUCACCAAAACUGACAAGAGCUAGUUCCAAGAUCUUCGAGAAGGUGCGAGUCUUUGAAGAGCGCAGAAGAAGUAUCGAUAACCCAGAGGGAUCCAUAUCUGGACGUUCUUGGGCUGGAUUUAAUAGAGCCUUGUCAAUUGACUCUGAUGAAGGAGGGAGCCGGUUGGGGAUCUCGAGGGAGAGCUCCAAAGAAGACCUCCGUGAGGCUCUGAAGGCAGACGCAGCCCAGAGAAGGUCUGUGUUCAGACAGCGGGCUGCUUCCCUUGAGGACAAACCCCGUUACUCCCAGAAGGUGCAGGACAUUGAAAACAAGUUCACAGAGGAGCUCCAGCGCAUUAAAAAGCUUGUGGGUAAACCACAUAUGAAGAAGUCCUUCUCGACAGAGCAGCUCUCCACUUUUCACAGGAGUAGGCAGCCUGUAAAGAUAGAGCCCAUCCCACUUCAGGUUCUUCAAAAACUGCAAGAUCGAGAGCGUGCUCAGCUAGAGCAAGAGAUGAGAGAGAAGGAGCAAGCCAAAGAACGAUCACCACCAAAAUCACCAUCUCGUAAGCGAAAAGACCAGCUGACACAACAACCUUUGGAAAAAGUUGAAAGUGAUCGGUCUGUCCCAACCACCACAAUGGUUAGCAUGUCCCCACCAGAAGCUAUGUCACUCUCUGAUUUACCUGGACAAAGAUCUCCUAGACUUAUUCGUGGCCCAAGCCCAAGCCGAGAGAGUUCUCGAAGGUCUACAGCUAUAGAGAUUACUGCCAUGGCUGAGGAGCGCUCUCGAGGAAGAGCUGAAUCUCCAUCUAGAAAUGUCUUUGAGAUGACUUUACGCAAGGUGGAACCAAGGCCUGCGAGUCCACUGGUAAAGAGGGUUGUUCGUGUUCAGGAAGUUCCACAAGCAGAAGACGGGUCCAUACAUAGGAAGACACCAAUAGAGGUCAUGCUGAGAAAAUUGGAAAAAAGGCCUGAAAGUCCUAUGGUGCAGGGAGAAAUGGUAGCUAUUCAAGAAAGCCUUGUACAAACUCCCAAACCUCCGAGAGUGUCUCUGUCUUCCUCGUCUGAGGAAAAGAUGGAGAUAGAUGUGACUCCUCUGCCACCAGCUCAUAAGCUCACCAUACCAAAAAUCAUUGUCGAAGAGGAGCCAAUGGAGAUGGACACACCCACCGAGAAGAGGGAUAAGACUGUGAAAAGUGGCACUGGUAAAGAGGAAAAAUCCCAAAGAAGCAGAGGAAGAGGACGACAACAAAGACCCUUGUCCCCAGAAUUGGAAUCAUCAGACGACUCGUAUGUGUCUGCAGGAGAGGAUCCCCCAGAGGCCCCUGUGUUUGAGUUUCCAUUACAGGACAUUGUGGCCUCUACUGGAACAGAGGUGCUUUUAAAAUGCAUAAUCAGUGGCACCCCUCUCCCUGAAGUUUCAUGGAAGAAAGACAACACUGAGAUCAAGAACAGCCCAACUCAUGUGGUAAAAGUAGAGGGAGAGCGGCACACUUUGCUCAUAAAAUGGACAAAGCCGAGCGAUGCAGGGACAUACACAGUUACCGCAACAAAUGAAGUGGGCGUAGCCUCCAGCAGCGCAACACUAUUCAUCAAAUCAGAGCCCAAUCAGGACCAGCGUGGGAAUCUCGGUGUGCCCAUGGACAUCAGCAGUCCCAUCACGUCUGAUGAGGAGUACCUCAGUCCUCUAGAGGAGGGGAUGGAUUUUUCGUCCUACAGGGACUCUGAGCCGAGGAAGAUUGUAGACACGCGAUUCAAGGAGCCUCCAGCAUUUCAGGCUGUUCUUGGAGACCAAACAGUUAUAGAGGGUCAAGAGGUGACCUUGUCUGUCCGAGCGAGUGGACAGCCUAAACCCAUGCUUUACUGGCUGAGAGACAGAGUGACCAUUAAAACAGGUGCACGACAUAUCGUCCAAGAGACAGAAGAGGGCAAUUUUGAGAUGAUAAUUAAAUCGGCACAGAAGUCAGACACUGGCGUUUACACCUGCAAGAUCAUCAACGAGUAUGGAACGAAACAGUGUGAUGGCAGACUGGAGGUGAAAGCUCGUCCAGUAGAACCAGGCCUGGCCAUCAUUCGGCCGGUGAGAGACAUUAUAGUGAAGGCAGGGGAGACGGCCCUUUUUGAGUGUCACGUAAUUGGCCCGCAAGACACUGAUGUUGACUGGCUGUCAGAUUGGAAGCUCAUCCAACCAGCUCUUUUGAAUUGUAAGAUGCACUUUGAUGGGAAAAGAUGCAGGCUACUGCUUAACUCUGUACAUGAGGAUGAUAGUGGAACAUACACCUGCAAACUGAGCACAGCUAAAGAGGAACAGACCUCCAGUGCCAAACUAAAGGUCAUAGCAUCCAUAGAGCCCCUCUUCACUCGUAAGCUGGAUGUUCUUGAAGUGAUUGAAGGUCGUAACGCUCGAUUUGACUGCAAGGUCAGCGGGACGCCACCACCUAAGAUCACCUGGAGCCACUUUGAUCAUCCGCUGGAGGAGAGCGAAGACAUUCGGAUCUUGAAAGAAGGAGGGCGGCACUCGUUAAUUAUCUCUCACGUUAGUAAUGAAGAUGAGGGCCUCUACACAGUAAUUGCGCGGAACGAAAAUGGACAGGCCGAGUGUGCAGCGGAACUAUAUGUGCAGGAGCCCAGGCCGGCAAUAUCCUCUCAAAUGGCAAAACUGGAAAAAAUGCCUUCCAUUCCCGAGGAACCAGAGGUGCCUGAGAACGAGAUUGAACGCUUCACUAUGCCUGACUUCGUCAAGCCGCUCUAUGAUCUGGAUGUGGUAGAGGGCAGAGAGGCUGUGCUCAGGUGUAAAGUGGCUGGCCUGCCAUACCCGACCAUCACCUGGUUUCACAAUGGCAAGAGGAUUGAAAGCACAGAAGACAGAAAAAUGACACAAUUCAGAGACAUUCACAGUCUGGUGGUCCGCUCUGUGUGCCAUGCCCACGGUGGAGUCUACAAGUGUGUCAUAUCCAACAAGGUGGGCAAGGCCACCUGCUAUGCCCAUCUGUAUGUGACAGAUAUCCUUCCUGACCCACCCGAUGGGACCCCAGUCAUUGAGUCCAUCACUGGCAAGACUAUCAGGCUAAGCUGGAAGAAACCUAAAAGGCUGGAUCCAUCCAUUGAUCCUAGCAUCCUGAUGUAUGCUGUUCAGCAGCAGGCCUUGGGGUCAAUCCAGUGGACCAUCAUUGCCUCUUGCCUGAAACAGACCACCUACACCAUUACCAGUUUGUCUAAAGGUGUUCGCUAUGCCUUCAGGGUGCUAUCAAUCACCAACAAGGCCUUUAGCAAGCCGUCAUCCGCCACUGAUCCAGUGCAGCUGCUAGACAGAGGCCCAUACCUCCAGGAGGCUCCUAUAAUCAUUGACAAGCCGGACAUUGUGUACAUGGUGGAAAAGCAGCCCUUAAGCAUCACGGUCACUCUUAACCAUGUCAAUGCAUCGGUCACCUGGAAGAGAGGGGGAGUGACAUUCUCUAACAGACCAGGCCUGUUUGAGUUGAGCAUGCCUGAUGAUGACCAGCACACACUGAAGCUGUGCAAAGUGAAGAACAGCGAUGCUGGUCAGCUCACCUGUAUUGCCAGCAACCAGUUUGGCAGUGACUCCUGCAUCCUGACCCUGGAAAUAGCUGUGCCCCCAACUUUUGAGACGAUCAUGGAAGACCUUGAUGUGAAUGUGGGUGAGACUCCUCGCUUUGCAGUGGUGGUUGAAGGAAAGCCCGUCCCAGACAUCCUUUGGUACAAGGGUGACAUCCUACUGUCAGAAAGCAGCCAUUUUACAUUUGUGUAUGACGACAAUGAAUGUUCUUUAGUGGUGCUGAACACUCAGCCAGAUGACUCAGGAGUGUACACCUGUACUGCAAAGAAUCUGGCUGGCUCAGUGUCCUGCAAGGCCGAGCUCACUGUCCAUACCACCAAAAGGGAGAGAGACGACUCGAUGGAGGAUGAGGCAUCCAUUCUGAGAAAGAUGCGGAGGCUCACUGAUUACUAUGACGUGCACAAGGAAAUUGGGAGAGGGGCAUUCUCGUAUGUAAAACGAGUGACACAGAAGGUGGGAAAGAAGGAAUUUGCAGCUAAGUUUAUCUCGGCUCGAGCUAAACGGAAGGCCUCGGCUCUGAGAGAGUUGAACAUCUUGUCUCAGCUGGACCAUGAAAGGAUCCUUUACUUCCAUGAUGCCUUUGAGAAGAAGAAUGCUGUUGUCAUUAUUACAGAGCUAUGCCAUGAGGAGCUUCUGGAAAGGCUAACAAAGAAAUCAACAAUAACAGAGUCAGAGAUCCGGUCCAGUGUGAGACAGCUGUGUGAGGGUAUUAGCUAUCUUCAUCAGCAUGAUAUACUUCAUCUGGACAUCAAGCCUGAUAAUAUCCUCAUGGCAGACCCCAGCAGUGAUCAGAUCUGCAUAUGUGAUUUUGGGAAUGCUGUAAAGUUCACACUUGAUGAGGCACAGUAUUGCAAAUAUGGCACUCCAGAAUUUGUCGCCCCAGAGAUUGUUAACCAGACACCCGUCUCCAAGGCAACGGACAUCUGGCCAAUUGGUGUUCUAACCUAUUUAUGUCUUACUGGAGUUUCUCCUUUCGCGGGAGAAAACGAUCGCAGUUCUGUACUCAACAUCAGGAAUUAUAAUGUGGCUUUUGAAGAAAGCAUGUUUACCGACCUCUGCCAUGAAGCCAAGGGAUUUGUCAUCAAACUGCUGGUGGCUGAUAGAUUGAGGCCUGAUGCUAAUGAUUGUCUUCGUCACCCCUGGUUCAAGACCCUGAACAAGGGUAAGAACAUCAGCACAGAAUCCCUCAAAAAGUUUAUGUCCAGAAGGAAAUGGCAGCGAUCUCUCAUCAGCUAUAAAUCUAAAAUGGUGAUGAGGUCUAUACACGAGUUACUGGAUGACUCUUCCAGCCAUAUUUCUAUUGCUGUUCCACGACAUCUGAAACAAGGCUCACCACCACCUUCAUCAUCUUCGGAUUCUGAUGAAGACAUUAACGAGCUACCUUUUAUCCCAAUGCCUCUCAACUUGGAAUUCUCUGGAUCUAGAAUGUCAUUGACUGAAAUUAUAGGGGAUGAUGAGAUGAUUGGAAGACCAAACGGAAAUGCUGAAAGGCCUGAAUCAAGCCAUCAGAAUUCAGAGCCCAUGGAAGUGGAGACGCCAGAGAGAGAGGGUGGAGAUGCAGCUGCUAGGGGUCGAGCCCGGAAGAGGUCAACACAAGAGGAAGAAAAAGGCUCAUCUGAUGAAGAACCAGCAGAACUUGACAAAAGAGCAGAUCAGGCAAAGAGACCAAUGCGCAGAGGCUCAAGUAUGGAGUCAGAUGAGCCAGAGGGAGCACGUCGCAGAGGAGAACUACGUAGAGGUAGCUCGGCUGACAGUGCCCUACAACUCCUUAUUAAACCAGAGGAGGGCACAGAGGAGAGCCCUGCAGAUGGAAAGAAAAUUCUAAAAAAGUCUGUAUCUAUGGAGCUUCCACGGAGGAGCCCAAGUCCAGGAGCUGCAAAGCUGAGCCAGGAAGAUUAUGCCUUGAAAUUGGAACUAAUGAGGCAGAGACUGCUUAGGGGUGGCUCUGUAGACAACAAGAUGAGUGGAUUACGAGGUCCCCUUCUGGAGACCUUAGGUAUGGGGGAUGAGAAGCGUUACGUGCGGGCAUCUCGCCUAGGUAACCCUCCACUUGUUAGAGCGGCAUCCAGUGAGUCACCUAGAGAUGACAUCCCAAAGACCAAGGUACUGCGCAAGAGUGCUUCCUUCAGCCAGGGAGAUCCAGAGCCCAUGCCUCUGCACCGACGGAUGGGUGCACCUCUAGAAAUCCCACUGGCACAAAUAGAGGAGAGACGGUUGCAAGAGGCUGUAUCUAUGUCUGCUCUCACAGAGCCAGUUAAGCUGGAUUCUCGCCCCAUCACCCCAAAACCCCAUACACCAGAACCAGAGAGAGAUGAAAAAGAGAACAAUGAUGAAAAAGAGCCAAUCAUGUACAAGGACAGAAAAUUAGAGGGAGAUCCUAUUGAUACAAUGAGUAAUAAAGAUAAAGACAGAAGUCUUUAUCAGAAACCAUGGGAGACUGGAACAAAGGAAAAGGACCAGAGCAAGUUAGAAGAAACCAUUCAAGAGCCACAAAAGGAGACUGAAAGUAAGCCGGAGACUGCUUCAUUCCUGAAAGCUGUGAUAGAAGUUGAUGAAGAUGAAGAAAGAGAAGAAGAAAAAGAGCCAGAUAAAGAAAUGGAGCAUUCUGCUCCAGAGAUGGAGGUUAAAGAAGUUGAAGAUAAAAAGGCAUCAGCAAAGUCUACAGAGAUCCCCAAAUCCAAUAGCUCAUUCAUGGUGACCCCAGCAGCUGCCCCAUCUCCCAUUCCGAGUGUCGUCUCAACCUAUGUGACUGCUUCUCUCCCUGCACGUACAGUGCUUCCAGAUGGUAGAACUUCUGCAUAUGCCAGUAUCAUGCAAACCAUAAUGGUUCCUUCAGUGCAGGCAUCCAGUGAACCUGCUACUUUGCCUACUGUUAAACCAACAUCCAACCUACCAUCAGUUCCAGUCUACACACCCAUUUCCAGACACACCUCUGAACCAAUCCUCAUGUCAGCUGCUUCGUCCAAAUCAGAAAUUCAACAAACCACUGAACAUCCUGCAGUAUUUUCCAGGGUUGCAUCAACGGAGCACCCUCCCAAAGAGCCAAGUCCACCUAAGACUCCAACCCGCUCAUCCCCUAAGCGAGAGCCGUCUCCUGGAAGCAACAUCCAGGAUCUUGCUUCAGAAGAGAUCUUCGAAGCUCGAUUCAAGAAGCGGGAGUCCUCACUAACUCGUAGUCUUAAACGUUUGACAUGGCAAAAGACAGAAGAAAAGCCCACCACUGUUGCUCCUGAAACAGCAGAAGAAAUGUAUCGCCCUGGGCCAAUUGGUGCUCCUUUAGAGUUUGUACCAAGGAGGUUGGAGGAGAAGUCCAAAUCAGUUCAAGAUUUACGUGAGGCAGAAAAGGACCCUGGGUUCAUGAGGAGACUAUCCAUGCGCUUGAAAAGGACCCCAUCAGUGGAGAGGAGAGAGGAGAAGCUCAAAGAGGAGGAGGCUUCAGCACCCAGGCGUCGUUUGUCAUGGACACUGGGACGGAGAGGAUCUCAAGACAAGAAGGAGAUAGAGAUGAUGAGGUUGGAUGGAGGCCCUGAAACCCCCCUGGAGCCAGAGUCCAAAGCACCCUCUGAGUCACCUGUCCUUGCCAUGCGCAAGAAGAUUGGUAGUACCAUUGCAAGCAUAUCCACAAGGAUUAGGAGCCAGUCUGAAGAGAGGAAGGAGGACAAUGAAGGCAAGACAGAGAUCAAGAGGACACCAAUAUUCUCCAUGCUGAGGCGUUCCAGCUCAGAGGGGGGCAGUCUGAAGAGGACGGGUGUCCCACCGAACCAACUGGCUACUCAGUCAGUCAAAGGGGCCUCGUCAGAAUCUUUAGAUUCCAUGUCAAGCAUUCAGUCCGAAUCUGCUGUGAAAAGUGCAGACAUUGAACGCAGAUCACGGUGGGACCGCUGGGGAUUGACAAGAGGAAAAAGAGACAAGACCGUUUCCCAACCAGACAUCCCAGCUUCCAUCGCCAGGGAGAAUGGCUCUCUUCGUUCUCGCCAGUAUACUCGACUAGCAUCUGACUUCCCACCUGUGUUCCAUAUUAAACUGAGGGACCAUAUUCUCUUGGAGGGAGAUCCUGUGACUCUUAGCUGCCUCCCUGCUGGCAGCCCCCACCCACACAUCUCAUGGAUGAAAGAUAAGAAGCCACUUGAGAUUGACCCAAGGAUGAACAUGAUAUCCUGCCCUGAUGGGAGACAGCUGCUGAUGAUUAUGAAGACCACCAAGAAGGAUGCAGGCCUUUAUGAAUGUGUGGCUUCAAACCCACUGGCCUCUGUCACCAGCUCAUGUGUCGUGUCCCUCGCUCGUCUGCCAAAUAGUCCUGGGGCCCCAGAGGUUCCUCAGAAGUAUAAAAACACUGCCCUGGUGGUGUGGAGACCCUCAGACACCACGGCACCAUGCACCUACUCUCUGGAGAGGAGAACAGAGGGUGAGACUAACUGGCUGAUUGUAGCCACUGGUGUGGCUGACUGUUACUACAAUGUCACAGACCUUCCAGCUGGUGCCACAUACAGAUUCAGAGUGGCCUGUGUCAACAAGGCUGGCCAGGGACCUUACAGCAGUUUGUCUGAAAAAGUGGUCCUAGACUCGACAGCACCUCAAAAGUCCAGCGGAACAGUUGUUGUCAAAACACUUUCAUCUGCUCCUGGACCUGCAGUGGUAAAAUCUACCAUGACCGUGCCUGCAAUGAAGCCUGCUGGUGUGCAACCUGCAGCUCCACCAACAACUUCUGCCCCCUCUGCUUUGGCCCAGAAGGUAAAGCCCAUCUCUCCACCUACUGCUCCUGUUUCAGCUUCUACACCUUCCCCUGCUCCCCUUGCCCCAGCCCAUCGUCCUGUACCUGACAUCCAAAUUCCAGCCCCUGACACUCCUAUCCCAGCCAAAGCCAAGACCACCCUCAACAUCACUAUGGCGAAGCCCUCUCCAGCCUCCCCUUCAGCUCAGCCCCCUCCUGCCAAACUUUUGCCCCCUGUCAUAUUGCCCAAACCUCAGAGCCCUGUCAUUCCCCUUGCCCAAACUCCCCCCGUAGCCCCACCAUCUCUGGUGUCCCCUCCCCCUACCAUUGGCAAACCUAUCUCUUCAGUGCCUAUGUAUGUCCCAGCUACCACCACAGCGCAAGUUACGCCAGCCACCCCAAAUACAUCCUCUACUAACCUUUCACCACCGGUGGUGUUAGUUACAAGCCUAAGUCCUGUAGGGGAGGGUAUAGGCACACCCAGUCGUUUGACCCCAAGUGGAAGAGCCACUCCGUCUGGACGCAUCACGCCUACAGGGCGCAAGACUCCUUCUGGAAAACCUGGAGAAUCAACCCUAAGGCAGGGAGUGCCCCAGAAACCGUACACAUUCAUGGAUGAGAAAGCAAGAGGUCGUUUUGGUGUAAUCAGAGAGUGUCGAGAAAAUGCCACUGGUAACCUGUACAUGGCCAAGAUUGUUCCAUAUGAGCCUGAGAGCAAGCAGACCGUGUUACAGGAGUAUGACAUUCUGAAGUCCCUCCACCAUGAGAAGAUCAUGGCCCUUCAUGAGGCCUACGUCACCCCACGCUACCUAGUGCUCAUCUCUGAGUGCUGCACAGGAAAGGAGCUGCUCUAUAGCUUGACUGACAGAUUCCGAUACUCUGAGGAUGACGUGGUGGCAUAUAUCGUACAGAUACUUCAGGGUUUGGAUUAUCUGCACAGCCGCAGAAUUCUGCAUCUGGAUAUCAAACCAGACAAUAUCAUUGUCACCUACAUGAAUGUUGUAAAGAUUAUUGAUUUUGGCAGUGCACAGUCCUUCAAUCCACUCUUCCUCAAGCAGUUCAGCCCACCCAUUGGAACACUGGACUAUAUGUCUCCUGAGAUGCUGAAAGGGGAUGUGGUGGGUCCACCAGCUGACAUCUGGAGCAUUGGCAUACUAACUUACAUCAUGCUCAGCGGGAAACUGCCAUUUACAGAGAAUGACCCUGCAGAGACAGAGGCCAGAAUCCUGGCAGCCAAGUUUGACCUCAGUAAGCUCUACCAAAAUGUGUCCCAAAGUGCCUCUCUGUUCCUCAAGAAGAUCCUGUGCAGCUACCCUUGGGCCCGUCCGACCAUUAAAGACUGCUUUAACAACACGUGGCUACAGGACGCUUACCUAAUGAGAUUGCGGAGACAGACUCUUACCUUCACCACCACACGCCUCAAAGAGUUCCUGGAGCAACAGCAGCAGACCAGGGUCGAGGUGGCAACAAAGCACAAAGUCCUUCUACGUUCCUACCAGAGCACCCCUCAGACACCAUCCACCCCUUCAACUCCCAGCUCCCCUACAGCACCCAUCUCUCAGUGAGCUCCACCACUGGACAUUCUCCAGAGAGACGAGAAGAGGGCUUCGAGGGCCUCCAGGACAAGGACAGAGAGAGACACAUCCAACCUCAGGACAUCCUAGCCCCCCUCUAAGCUACCCCAAGCUCUCAGCAGGCCUUGAUGGGGCCGGUUAAUGUGCAGUGUGUGUAACAAGAUCUUCAACUGGAUCUUCUGGUGUGGUCCACAGAGUUGAGAGAGUUCUGAGGAACAGAAACAUCUCUUGCCCAAGCUGAUAAAAAUAUAACGGACAUCGAUGCAUUUACCAUUAUUAGCUGUGACCAGCAUGCACAGUGCUUUAAGCUCCUUCCCUCUACUUUACGACACUUUUUCAGAUUACUUUUUGACAAACCUACUUUAGCUUUUCUUAGCGUUGCAUCACUUGCAAGGGGUCAGGAACUUUGGACCCAUCCUGGUUGAGCAGAGUGACUGUGUUUCUUGCACAAGAUGAUGCAAAAUAAAAUGUCAUGUCAAUGUGUAUUUCUUGUGGUGUCUUUCACUUGUGAACCAGGGCCAUGAGAUUUGUGGAAAAUCGUGUAUAUCGUUUUUCAACAAGUUUUUAUGGCAUAAUUAAGACUUUUAUUACUGGUAGUUAUACUGUAAGUGAUUAUCAGUAUAUAUGAAAAUUAUUCAUAGUUGACUGACUAAAUAAUGUUGAGCAUUGUAGUUCUUACUGUAGUGCCAUCAACAAAGGUCUUUUGUCUAUUACUAAAGUGUAUUGACCUAACCUAUGGUGGAUUGAAUUAAUUGUCAUAUUAAAAAGGCAGUUGUGGGCCUCACAGUUGUUUCUUAAAAGACAUCUUUAGGGAUGAAUUCCCAGUGCAUUAAAGCACAUCGAAAAAUUAUGUGAAUUCAACUUUUUAUAUGUUGAAGACUUUGCUUUUAACACCAGGAAUGCAUUAAAUAUGGCAGAUGUCUGUGCAUCAGUAUAGCAUACAGUAGCAUACAGCACGCAUCAGUACAAAUUCCUCUCUAUAUAGCGUAACUGCAGCACCUGCGUAACGUUUUUUUGGUCAAACUCAGUCCUUGUGAAUGUGUGAGGAGGGUAUGUUGGCCAAAGUUGUCUUUAUAAAGAGAUCAGCUUUAGAAUGCUGGUUAAAGACGUGCCUGACUACGAAUCUUAUAGAGGCAUUUAACUUGGUUGGAUGGAAUGGAGGUGUCUCAAAAAGUGCCAAUUUUAGCACAUUUCAACCUGAUUUGAUUUGAUUAGAUAUAAUGUUAUAACACAUUUAUCAUUUGUAUUUUUUUUUUCGAUUUAUUUUCAUUAACAGUGUGCAUCCUGUUUGGUGAAUGUAGAGGUACAGAAACAGAGUUUGUUUUUAUUUUGAUGUUAAUUAAUCUAAUGGAUGAAUUAGGGAUUCUUUUUAACACAAAAUUAGAUACAUUCUAUAUGAAAGGGUCAUCUAUUUGUAACCUCAUAAUUGACUUGUUUGAAAUUAUAUAACCACUAUAAAAGCAAACAGACCUAAACAUGGCAAGCCAAGUGGGGGAAAUAUAAAUUGUAAUGUCCUUAUUUUUGUUUUAUUAUCAUCCAAAUACAUUUAUUGGUACAUAAAGGACAUGUUGUCACCAAUUGUCACUAAUAGUAAAAUAUUGGCUUUGAUUAUGAAUUUCAGUUUGCUCUGUGUUUGUUGAUCAGUGCAAACUUUCUUCUCUUUUCUAUCACUUGGCAUAGCUAUCAUAGGUUGAUUUAUCUAGCCAAUUUGUUUAUCAGCCUAUUUGUUUUUAACUUGGGAUAUUCAAAUAAGAGUCUUCUCAUUGGUCAACCUUUAAAUUAUACGGUUUCAAAUAAUACAGUAUGGUGCAAGAUUAAAAACUGAUUGAAAAGAUAUGGAAUAACAGUGAAGAGGAAAUAAUUCAGACUUGUUGAACAGCUGUAUGUUGUUGUGAAUAAGGUUUUAUAUUAUUUAAUGUGUGUGUGUGUGUUUACUACUCUUUUUAGUCAUGCCGAGCGACCCUUUAAUGUGAAAAUAAAUAAAUCUUUUCUGGAAUGAAUAAUGCUGCACUAAAACAGUGACACAAAUGUGGAGAUAAUAUGAAUGUUUUACAGUAGAAUGAAGUGUGUAUAUGUUGAAAAGAUGACCUUUCAUGAAUAAAAUCAGCUGUCAGCAAUACUGAAUAGACUCUACAUUAAUUUCAAAGAAGUAUAAUAUGUUAUA